AUCUAAGUACUAUCUAUUUGUGGUUACAAAAGAUCAAGUCUACACAGCAAGCAACAAUCAUGGCUAUCGCAUUCAAGCACCACCCUCGAUCUCAACAAACCUACGAGCCUCCGCUCAUUGCCAAUGAGAAUGCUUUUCUGGGGGAUGUGGAUUCGAGUGACAGCUACAACCCCGAAAAACCCAUCUCGGCCGGUUUCUACCGUCUUGAAAAAGGCACCCCGCUGGUUUACGAAUACACCUUCGAUGAGAUGAAGAUCAUCCUGGAAGGCAAGUUCGAGAUCUCGGAUGAGACCGGCCAAAAGGUUGAGGCGUUUCCGGGCGAUGUGUUUCAUUUUCCCAAGGGGAGUAAGGUUACUUUUACGACGCCGUCUUAUGGGUUGGCUUUCUUCACGGGACAACGGGCCAAGACUGCUUGAUUGAUGAUGUAAUUGAUUUAUCCUGGGUUGUUGAGUUAGUGCCU